UCAGUCAUUAAUGAAAUGGAAGAAGAAAUUGAAAGGCAGCUUGAUGCUAAGGCAGCUAAAACAAAUUUAACUGCCACAAAUGUCAAAAAUAUUUUGAAACAUGUUAUUACUAAUGAACAUGUAAUGGCAAUGGUUAAAAAUCGUCUUCAUGAUGCAGAAGAUGAUGUACCUUUUGAACCAAAAUUAACACGAGCAAAAGCCAUAUGGUUGAAUAUAUUUUAUAUGUGCUACACUGAAGUUCAAGCACUAAUCACAGAAGAAUUACCAGAAGAUUCUUCUGAUGAAGAAUAUAAUCCAGAGCAAGAUAAACAAAGUGAUGAUGAAAGAGAAGUAGAAAAUGCAACAAAUAGUGAUGUGGAUUCUCAACCUUUAACACCUGUAAAUCAUUGUGAUUCAUCUUCAGUUGAACAAUCUAAGUCACUAUAUGUUCAAUAUGACCCAGAAGGAAUAUUUAAAAUUCCCGAUAUUCCUCAUGUUCUAACAGAAGAGGAAAGUAUUGGUCAAAGAACACGUUCAAAGCUUUGUUUAAGUGAGACACCUUUAGAACAAAUUGAACAAGCAUUUAUACCACCAGAUAUAACAACUGAUAUGUAUGAUUGGGAUUGUGAAGUAGAUGAAGAUUGGGAUAAUUUUUUAAAAGAGUUUACACAACCAUUAACUCAAGAACCCAUAGUAGAAGAUGACCCAGAAGCAGAUCCAGAAUAUAAUAUUUUAGAGGAUGAAGAAAUAGAAUUUUUGGAUAAGGAAGAGUUACGAGCAGAUAAAGCUGUAAAAGUUACUCGUAAGGAAUUAAAUAAUUUGAUUGCAGAAUUAUUUGAGUUUACUGAUACAUUUUCAAAACAAGAACAGGAUAUUUCAAAAAAGCGGAAGUCUCUAGAAAAUACAAAUUCUUCAAUUGAAAAUAACAUUAUGAAUUGUUCUGUAGCAAAUUUAUUACCUACUUACAAAGAACCUGAACUUCCCAAUCUAAUAAAUACGAAACAACGGGAGUUAUUAGCAGUUCAAUUUCGUCAACAUGUUCAAUUAAUGGUACAACAUUUUGUUAACACAUAUAUGCAUCCUGAUUUACAUUCUCAAUCAAAAAUAUGCAAACAAAAUUUAAAUAGUAUAAAGUAUUUAAGUAAUGGUCCUAGUUCUGCAUUCAAUGUAGCAAAUUUAUUAGAUGCUUUAAAAUUAGUGUCUGAUUGGGAAAAUAAAUUUUUGGAUGAAAAAUUUUGCGAAGACUUUAAGAAAGCUAUUGCAGAUGAGGAUGCAAUAAAAAAAAUAUAUUUCACAAAUAAGUGGUCAUACCUUCCUAAAUUUCAUCCAGAAUUGAAAAAGCUAUUUAUGGAAAGCAAAGCUUUAAUGUAUCCUCAACUUUUGCCUCAUAUGCCUUUCAGAAGUGAAAUGAUUAAAUUUAUACAAUCUCCAUACUUAAAGUCUGAAGAGAAUUUAAUUGCAUUAGGUUUAGAACAAUUUAUUCCUAUUGUUACAUCUAAACCAAAGAAAUUUAAGAGUAAAAAACUUCAACUAAUGGAUGCAGUGCAGUUAAUUAUUCAAUACUUAAUACCAUGUAGAAAACCUCAAAGAUUACUAUAUCACAUUCAAAAGCGUCGAUGUGCAAAAGAUGCAAACCCAAUAAAGCAUUACUUCGAGAAGGGUUGUGCUCCUAGAACAAUACAUUAUAUAACAUUGGAAUAUGAUCUCAAAGCACCUAAAGAUCAACCAACCAGUCUUUUACCUUUGGAGUGGCAGAUGUAUCUUAAUAAUGUAAGUUCAGAACAGAAAAUUGAUUUAUUAAAGAGAAAACAUAUAUUGAAUUCAUACAACGAUCUUAUGAAAAAAGAUUGCUUUAUAAACGGAAACAAAAACUAUGUUACUGCUUCUAAUACUCAUUUCUUGUGCAAACCAGUUAAUAUUUUACCAAAACUAUUACCUGCAAAUAUAAAUCAAAAGACAACAAAUAAAAAUACAUCCAAGGACACUUCGUAUACAAAUGAAAAUGCAAAUUCGGAAAUUUUAAAGAAUAUAUCGAACAAAGAAACUAAUUAUGAAUUACGUAAUUCUAAUAUAAUAAAUAAAGAGCGUAUAUUGCACCGCAAUACCUCUUUAAAAAUUAUAGCCACACAAGAUGAAAAGGAGGAAAAAGUAGGUGGAAAUGGUUUAAAAGAAAUUCAGAACGAUGUAUUUACAAAUCCAAUUACAUCAAAACAUUCUAAAUUUUCUAAAAAAUCUGAAGUGAUACAAGAAUUACCACAACUACGAAAAACUACACCUAGAUUAGCAAAAACAAGAAGUGCACAGAAUAUGAAGCUAAUGGCUCAAGUUUUAGGACCAAAAGGUUUAUCGUCUAAUUGCAACAAUUUAAAGUCUCGAGAAAAAAAUGAUUUAGAUAAAAAUUUAGAGAAAAUAUACGAGUUAAUGCUAGCUAGUACUACUAUAAGAAAAGAUUCUAUCAGCAGAAAGAAAGCUAAAGAAGCCAGAGAAUUAGAAAAUAUUAAAAGACUUUUAGAAUCUGAAAAUCCAUUAAAUGAAGAAGAAAGAAGUUCAAAAUUUGCAGCAUCAUAUCUCCAGAAAUUACAUUUAACAUUAGAGUCAAAUAAUCCAGAAACAUUUCGAUCUGUGAUAAAAUUAUAUUUAGAUUAUCAUGAGAAAUUGGAUAGUGUUAAUCAGAUCGAAAACGAAUUACCCUUUUCUAAUACGUCAAUUUCCUUGCAAAAUGAAAAAAGUAUGGAAAAAUCUGAAAAAGAUAAAGAUGCAAUAACUAUCGAUUUGUAUCGUGAUAUGUGUGAAAAAUUACAUGAAUAUCCUGAGCUUUGUACAGACUUUUUAUUGUUCUUAAAGCCACAUCAAGCUGCAAUGAUGGAUAAAUCAAUAGAAUAUAUAAUGCUUCAAAAAAUGAGGGAGUUUAUUAAUGUAGCUCAAAUAUAUUUUGCUAAACAACCUUCUCGUAUAGCAAAAAUGAUGCAAGCUAUUACGCAACUUUCAUCCGAUCCACAAACAACAUUAGAACAUGUUCAUACAACCAUGGGUCCUAUACUUAAGGGACAUCCUUUUGUCAUGGACUUAUUUUUACAAAUAUUACCUACUGCUAAACCACCGGAAAGCUUGUUUGCAUCUCAUAUGUUUGAAAACUUGACGUGUCCAGUGGGACCGCACGAUAAAAAUAAAGUUUAUACUGAAGAUGCACCAGAAUUAUACGAAAAUAUAGAACUGCCUGUACUAGCAUCUCAGGAAGAUCCUUAUGGUGGAGAAAAUUGCAGAUGCAAUUGUCAUAAUGGCGAUGAUUCUACUUGUAAAAAUAGUUCUGAACACUGUGUAUCUUGCGGCACAAGGUUCCUGAAUGGAAAAAUUUAUCUCCAAACAUCUGAAGGUUUAAGACCUGCUAAAAUUAUUUUUCCUGGUGCUGAUGAAGAAAAAUUGGAGAACAUUGCUCGUGUAUCUUUAAAAACAGCUGAUAAAUUUGUUCCAUCCAUUUCAUCCAGACAACGAAGAAAAUCUUCAAAGAAUGAAUUUCAUUCUGAAGAACAAUGUCAAAAAUCUUGCAUAUCAAAAAGUUCACCAGCUAAAGAAAAUGAAGGAGGAAAAAUAAUUAUAAAGCCUAAAAAGACUAUGAAAUCCCCAUCAAAAUCUGCAGAUCAAAAAAAAAAUUUAAAAAGAUCAGGAAGCGAAAUAAAUCAUAUAGAUGUAAAUAUUAAAAAAAUGCGUAUGACGCAAUGUAAAAAUAAAAGAGAAAAAAAAAUUGAUAAACAAGAACUGAAACUAGGAUAUACAGAUUCAAAUAUUACUGAUCAUAUGAAAAUAGAUGAAUCUUUGUACAUAGAUACAAAAAAUUCUGUAAAAGAAAUAGAAAAAAAUACAUUAAGUAUGGAAAUUGAGAUAUCAAAUGACUGUGCAAACAAAGUUAACAUAUCUCAUGAAAUGAAAAAUACUGUUGAUUUAGACAUUGAUAUAAAUACUAAACCAUGGACACGACAAGAAGAUAUGAUUUUAUUGCAAGCUAUUAAAAAAGAAUAUUCUAAAAAAACACUUGCUAUGGUCAGUAAAACAUUAGGUGAUCGCACUACGGAUCAAGUUAAAGAAAGGUGUCAAACGCUUCUUUCAUUAUUAGAAAAAAUGAUGUAA